AUGAAAGAAUACGGGUACAAGCAGAGCAAUUUUGAUCAUACACUCUUCAUAAAGAAAAGUUGGAAGAAGCAAGUAGUGCUACUAGUCCAUGCGGACGACAUGAUCCUGACAGGAGACGAUCAACAGUGGAUUCAAGCCUUAAAAGAACAUCUAACUACUGUUUUUGAAAUGAAAGACUUAGGGCAACUCAAGUACUUUCUUGGCAUCGAGGUAACUCGCUCAAAUAAAGGCAUCUACUUGUCACAGCAAAAAUAUACACUGGGUUUACUUGCUAAAACUGGAAUACUAGAUUGUAAACCAGUACAAACUCCACUGGAAAUGAAUCACAGACUUGGUAUAUAUCCUGAUCAAAUACCUGCGAAGCAUGACAGGUAUCAAAAGUUAGUCAGAAAGUUGAUUUAUCUCUUACACACGAGACCAGAUAUUGCAUAUGCCGUCAGUGUCGUAAGUCAAUUUAUGCACACCCUAAGUGAAGAUCACAUGAAUGCAGUACUUCGUAUCCCAAUGUGCUUAAAAGGCUCUCCAGGUAACGGGUUGCUAUUCAGGAAAUAUGAAAAACUUGAUGUUGAAGGAUAUACUAUCUCGGACUGGCCUAAGGAUAUGAAUGUAGAAUGA